UCAGGGCUGCAGCAGCUUCGGCUGUGCCCGGACGGUUUGUGGCGGGGACAGGGCGGCUUUGCUGAUGUGGGAGGGUUGUGUCCGGGUGAUUAUGUUCCCCCGGGUCGGUCCCUCUCGUCUGUCACGAUGCGCGGUUCCGUGCUGUCGGUGCUGAGCCGCUUCUCCCAGGAGUACGCGGCGGGGACGCCGCUCCGCCUCAAGCUGCUGGACUCGUACCUGCUGUACAUGGCGCUGAGCGGCGUCGCGCAGUUCCUUUACUGCGCCCUGGUCGGAACCUUCCCGUUCAACUCCUUCCUGUCCGGAUUCAUCGCCUGUGUCGGGGCGUUCGUGCUGGCAGUUUGCUUGCGGAUACAGAUCAACCCUCAGAACAAAGGAGAUUUCAUUGGUAUCUCGCCUGAGCGAGCAUUUGCAGACUUUCUCUUUGCUAGCACCAUUCUUCAUCUGGUGGUGAUCAACUUCAUAGGUUAAGUGUGCACAUUGGUGAGUGGAUUUGAGAUGAAUUUCUUUUUUUGGGGGCAUCAAGUGAAAUUAACAAAAAUGCUGUAGAUGAACAUGAUUCAUUUCUUCCCCCCUCCCCCAGAUUACAUUUUGA